UUUAACACCUUUGCUUUUUCCUUUUUUAAAACAUAAGGCUACAAAAAUAUACGCGAAAAGUCUUUCCAUCGUGCACUUGUUGCUUUUGGUUGUAGAAAUUAUUUUCAUAGAAAAACCAUCUCGAUAGAAUUCAUGUAUAUAUUACACAGUAAAUUACGCCUCUUUUGUGUAUUGAGAUGGAAAUAUUUCAUUUUUAUAUCUAUUUUAUAUCUGAAAAAACACCAUUUCUUUAUAGUUAUUAGAAUUGCAUCUUCUCUCAUUGCACACUUGUAUAAUAAUAAAAACCAAGGUGGUACUAUAAAAUUUUGUGAUGCGUGCCAAUAAUGCAAUAAGUGAACUUUAAUAGUGCUAAACAAAAUAGUAAAAUAGUGAUGUACGUGAAACACGUCAAAAUGAAGAUACUAUCGUCAAUAAGUGACAAUAUAUAUGUAUCUAAAUAUAAAUAAAUGCUCUGUGUUUGUGCAUCUUUUCGCAAAGUUUGCGAUUAAUUUUGAUUCAUCGGUAGAAUCGCAGCAUCUGAGCGGCUUCAAGAAAUCGAGAUAUAUUUGUACAUUUAUCCCAGCAAGCCAACGACCCGAUGGUACAUGGCGUAAACAACGGCGCGUAAAGGAUGGAUAUAUUCCUCAAGAAGAAGUUCCAUUAUAUGAAAGCAAAGGAAAGCAAUUGGUGAAGAAACCUUUAUAUCCAGUGGGUGCUAGCCCAGAAUUUAUAGCCGAGCACAAAGCCAAGUUAGAGGCCCUAGCAGGGAAGAAUAAAAUAAUACCUGGUACGCAAGCAAAAACGCAAGAGGGGUCCAAAAAGAAGAAAAAGAAAAACAAGUCUAAAGCAGUUGAACCUGUCGCUGAAGGAUUGUCUAAAAUAUCGAUCUCAGAGCCCGAAUUUCAUAAAGAAGUCUCAACUCAUAAUAAUGAUAAGCCAUUAUCCGCUGCAAAACAAACUACAACAAACAAUAUAGUUAAAGACAAUUCAAACACUACACAGAAAACGACAACUGAUCCACAAAAGAGAUUAAAGAAUUUGCGCAAAAAGAUUAGAGAAAUUGAAAUGUUAGAGGAAAAAAUCAAAACUGGUGCUUUGAAAAAUCCUGAUAAGGAGAUACUUGAAAAAGUGGCACGAAAAACGGAGGUUUCCAAAGAAAUAAGAAGAUUAGAAGCUGCUCCAUAAAGCAGCAUAUCUAAUUAGAAGUUUGACACGGAUUUAUUAGUGCCAUCCAAUCCUAAAACUUUGUCAACAACAAGUGUGUAAUAUUAUUACUUGAUAAAACGAGUAAAGACUCGUUUAUUCCUUCUGACGAUCGGCAAUUUUACAUACAGCAAUUGUAUCUUGUAUUCAUUCUUGUUUGCUCAGUGCACAGAUCGAUAAUAUUGAUAAAUAUAUUUAUAAUGGAAUGGUAUAAUUAUACCAACGAUUUUAAUACUCGAUCAUGUAAACAUUAUACGUAUACACACACAUUCAUACAUAUAUAAUAUUUCCUCACUAACAGAAAAGUGCUUAGAAUUGCUGCUUUCUGUUUAGUAGCAAACUCAUUUAACUUAUAUAGGACAGAAAUUGUGUCAUAAACCUUUGCAGCAGUUUGUUGAAAAUGAAAAGGAGAUGACAAUAACAACGAAUGAGAUGAGAAUAAGAGCAAAUAAGAAUUUUUGGCAUUAAAGUUUUAAUGAUGUCAGAUAAUGCUCCAGAGUUGCAGUUUUAAAAUAAAAGGAGAAUUUUCUAAUGAAAUGAAAAAUCUUUUUAUUAGCGAGGAAAUACUAUGUAUAUACAUAUAAAAAAAAACAAAGUGUGAAAGUUUUAAUAAAGACAACUGGAGUUUUCGUUAAACGAAUUGUUUUUUGCACAGUAUGAUUCAAUAAAAUAAACGAUUUUAUAUUAUAUC